UACUCCCGAGAGUUGACAUUAGAUGAAAGUGAAAAAUAUCGUUUCAAAUUCAUGGUAACCAUGAGUAUAUGUGAAGGAAGGAAUCAAAUUUAUCACCAAAAUUGUUCUAAAUCUUUACGUGAUGGUUCGGAUCAUAUGAAGUUUC